GCAGCUGUUCUCUGGCAAAAAGGAAAAGGGGCAGGGACGAAUGGCAGAGCCGGAGUCGCACCGAUUGCUUCGUGCGGUUGGAGAUCUCCGUCGAAGAAAGAGAUGCUCCAACGUCUAGGGGCUGUACCUGAUUGCCGCUGCCAAAAGCUCUUAAAUACUUCCUCCCUUGAGUUGUUAAGUCGAAUCUAGGCAUUAGAUUCGCCCAGGUUUGGGAGGCCAUUAAGCAGUGGUUACGGAUUGAUGGGCACCUGAGCACUCUUGAUAGAGCUGUUCGUUGGAUGAAGACCUUUCGAAGAGGUGAUGCUGUUCUUAAGAAGGCUAGGAGGAUUGGCCUGGCAUGUACUGUUUUCCAGAUUUGGAAACAACGUAAUGCUACCCUUUUCGAUCAAGAACCUAUUCAUGUUGAGGGUAUGAUUUUUAAAAUCAAAGUGAUGGUCUAUUCCAUUUUGGGGAGACUCUGGCAUACGUAUUCCCUCAUCUUUUGAUCCAUUUUGUCUUUGUUCGGAAUUGGCUUAUUGUCAUUUCCACGCUCGGGUGUGCCCGUUCU